UGAAUGUUUAUUGUUAUGAAUGUUAUGAUUCUUUCCCUUAAUUUUGUUUUUAUUAAUUAUGCUAUAAGAGAAAAAUAUUAAUUAUAGAGAACUUUGAAAAACUUUCUUUAAACAUGAGUAAACGAAAAUGUGUUGUUGCUGAGUGCCACCUUGAGGACAGAAAGGCAAAUUUAAUUACUUACUUUAGGUUCCCUGCAGACCCUACCAGGUGUAAGCAAUGGAUUUUAAACUGCAAUAGACCAGACCUUCUUAAGCAUAGCCCACAGGAGCUUAGCUCUGGCCCAUUUUUUGUAUGCAGCAGUCAUUUUAGUGAGGAAAAUAUAUCAAAGAAAAACCCUAAAAGAGUAUUUCUACAUUCUGUCCCCACAGUAUUUCCAACAAGAACUCCAAAAAAUAAGGAUGAAGGCAGUCCUGUACUGCCUCCUUUUAAGAAAAUUAAGAUAGGACAACCAUAUGUUCAUUUAACAAAAAUCCCCAUAGAGGAGACCUCCACAUAUAACAAAGGCAUUAAGAGUACCCCAGAAAAAUUUAACCUACCCAAAAAACAGACAUCAGAUGUUAUAAAGCAAAUCAAGGGCCCAUCAAACACCACCAUUCCAGUAGUGAAAAUACCUGAGCAAAAACCAAUUAAAGCUGCUACCCCUAGACAGGUAGCAAAUUUAAAUAAUUCAAUGAACAACAUCAUACAAAUAGUGGAUGUCAGUGGUAAAUCUCAGCCAACACUCAUUCAGAUUUCUGGAACUCACAGUAAAAAUAUCACCCCAGCACUUGUCACACAAAUUACACAAGCAUUAAACUCGAAAACGAUACUAAUGCCACAGCAAAUUGUUAAACCAGUGGCUUCACCAUUCCCUCAACCGAAACAAAUUGUAGUGAAGAAACCUGUUGCAAACAUUGAUUUGACUGUAGAUGAUGAACCAAUAAGUAAUGACAAGAUAAUACCAAAUCAGAGUGUUAAUAAGUUGUGUGUAGUGCCUCAGUGUACACAGACUUAUCCAAAAUGUCACUUUUUGGCACCUCAGGAUAAAUUUUUAUUGGAAUUAUGGAGGAUUUGCUUGUUAAAUUCAAAACUGGCAUCAGGGGAUUCAGUUUGCGAUGAGCAUUUUUUGGACUUAGACAUUUUUCGGGUGGAAUCUGAACAUAAGCUCUUCCUAAAGAAACACGCCUUACCAGCCAUAAACAAAAAGGACAUACACUCGGCUUGCAUAGUGCCAUUUUGCAAGAACCAAAAGCACCUCGAUUCCGGCGAUAACCUCUAUCCAGUACCAUUUUGGGACGCCUUAUUCGGCAACUGGACCAAGACAGUUGCCCACCUUAAAAACACCGAUAGAAGCAACCUAAUAAAAUACCGCAUAUGCUCGAGACAUUUCAGCAAAUUAAAUUCGGGAAAACAUUCUGAAUUGAUGCCGGAUAAGUACCUUCCGCCUGAUAUAUAUCUCGAUCUUUUAAAGCAGUGGAAGGAGAAGCCAAUUGAUAGUCAGACUUCUGAUAUAGAUGUCCAAUAUGGAUGUGCUUAUUGGCAAUGCACGCUCAAAACGAAGCGAUUUUAUAAAUUGCCUAUAGCUUCAAUUCAACUAUGUCAAGCCUGGUUAACUCUCUGCAAAAGAGGCGACAUUUUACAAAACUCGGUAUUCGAAAUCGAAAAAAUCCUCCGUAAAAGUCCUGGAGUGUGUUACACACAUUACCACGAAAUCUUAAACACUCUCGUCCAAUCCGAUUACCUGUUCGAUGAGCAGUUUUCUAAAAAACCUAUGGUUGGGAAGUUACCGUCUGUGACCUUACCGAGGCAACACAUACCUGCAGUAGCGCCGGCUGAAACUAACGCGUCAGCAGAAUAUACUUCAAAGUACGUGCCUUCAAAGGAAUAUUGUGCUUAUGUAAAUUGUGCCACGCAUGUAAAGACUCAGUAUGUCAAGAAAUACAAGUUUCCUGUCAACGAAAAACUCUUACAAGAAUGGUCAGACGCAGCCGGAAUCGACUCAAAAGACCCAAUAAAAUACGAUUUCUUAUUUAUAUGCGGCAAACACUUUAACCUAGAACAGUACACCGAUAGGGGUACUUUAAAGAGAAACAGUAUCCCAGUAAACCAUACUGAGUAUAUCGAUCCUAACGCUAACAGUUGCAAUGCCCACUGGCUGAAAAAACAAUGGCAAACCAAGAAGAAGGUUAUUGAUGAGAAAGUACCCGUCGUUAGAGAGAGUAAUCAGUGUUCGAAUUGUGACGGCAUUGGAGUCGUUUAUGGAUCGGACGGGUCGGAGAGCGCUUACUGUUACUCGUGUAGUGGGUCUGGAAAAAUCGGAAAAGCUACUAAUUUAAUUACUUUGACUGAACCCAGUACGUCUGCUAAAAUACAAGAAACGAGCGCGGAACCGCAGCUUCCCGCGAAACCGCAGUUUCCCACCAAACAAGAAGUUAUGGAGUUUUACGGGGAAAAAUGUUGCCUAUCGCACUGCUCCUCACUGGCUACCACCCACCAGCUCUACCCGUUCCCUUCUUGCGCGGAGAACUAUAAAUUUUUACUGUGGAUCAAAGCGGUGACGAAUUGCUCCAACAUAAAACCCGUCCAUAACGACCCUAACCACUUUGUCUCUUUCAAGAAAAAAAAGAUCUGCGACAAGCAUUUCGAAGAAAAAUAUUUCGAUUUAAUCAAUGGGAGAAGGAAGUUAAAGUCGGACGCGGUACCUACGUUGCAUUUGCUUAAAGAAGAAAAGGACCCCCACGUUGUAAAAGAUCAGGAAAUCAAAUGGGAAUCAUGUGUAGCUGAGCAAGAUACCUCAAGAGCCUUUAUUAAAGGACACGCGAUAUUAAAAGAGAACAGUAUAGUAUUCCAGACGAUUGAAAAGGUCUUAAAUUUCGGAGCAGGUUGUCCUAAAAAAGGCCUUAAUCGGUUUCCCUAUAAUGUGUACAGUCUUCCCAGAGGCGAGAGCCGUUUAUUAAAAGAAUACGUGGCCCCGGGACAUCACUUUCAGAUUCACACCGCAGUGGUUAUCGACGAUGACAGUGACGUGGAAGCGGAAACCGUCGAUAUGAUCUACGAGGCCAUGAUGGAGAAUAAUUUUCAUAAGUAUGACGAUGUUAAGAAGAAACUGAGAAUUAGUUAGUUAUUAGUUAGUUGGUGCAAACACUAUUUCUGUUGUUUAUAAUUAGAAUGAUAAAAUGUGAAACGGUUUUUAUUUACCAAUAAACUGUGAAUAAUUAAAACGAA